AACGAUAAUACCCAGCAACAGUAAAACGGUGUGGUCAGUGAAAAAAAAAACCAUAAUAGUUCCCUGCGAACUUUUACACAGGGCGAAACACGAAGUUAACCAAAUCACGCAAAAAUGUUUAAGAUCGUACUAAUCUGCGCCGUCAUGGCGACCACGACCAAAGCCGCGCCCAUUUCUAUCCUGGAUCACGAACCAAUUGGAGUUGCCGCCCAUUACGCGUUGAGCCACGCCCCACUCGCGAUUGCGCACGCUCCUGUGGCAAUAGCCCACGCCCCGCUGGCGGUGAAAGCCGAACCCUACGACGCCCACCCGCGAUACGAAUUCAAAUAUGGAGUGAAGGACCCGCACACCGGAGACUACAAAGAGCAAGAGGAGACCCGCGAUGGCGACGUGGUGAAAGGUAGCUACGCCUUAAUCGAGCCAGACGGCUCGAAACGGCGCGUCGACUACACCGCCGACUCCGUCCACGGAUUCAAUGCGGUAGUCAGUAAGGAACCGCUCCAUCACGUCGAACACGUAGCUCACGCCCCCCUGACUAUAGCCCACGCCCCAGUAACAGUAGCUCACGCCCCACUGCCGAUAGAACACGCCCCCUACGCGAUAGAACAUGCCCCGUUGGCUCUAGAACACGCCCAUGUGGCUUUGCCCGCGGCAUUGAGCCACAGUACCGCCAUUUACCAUCACUGAAUAGCAAGACGUCAGGUUUCACAUCUACUCCCAUCUACCGAGCGUUUCGUUUUGAUUGACGAAAAAUUUAGUAUCAAUUGAAAAAUGGAGAGAUUAAAAUAAAUUGUCAGAGAAUUUUGAGGGGUACCGUUAAAUAAAAUGUCGAAAAAUUAAGAUCAAGUAAUAUUUAAAAAAUACUAUUGUGUUGUAGUUCUUUUUAAUUCUGCUAGAGUUUUCGACCCGCAGAAAACAACAAGAUUCUCAUUUUAAUUUUUUUAUGUCGCGAGUAGGUACCGAACACAGGUCAAUCAAAACAAAACACGCAGAAUGUAAAUAGUUCGCAAAUAGGUAGGAUAUUGUUUUUUUUUAGUUCGUUAUGUAUGCCUGUAUGAUUUUAAAACGUAAUAUAGGAUUUGAUAUUUUUUUUAAGAAUGACGUUAAAAAAAUAAUUUUUAUUUACCUC